CUCCGCGUGCUUCCAGAGAGAGAUCCAGAUCCCCCUCCCUUUUAAUCUCCAAUGACCCGUCCUUAUUCUUAAAAGACACCCAGGAUUUUUCUUUAAUUCUGUACCCCUUUCUGUUCCCCUGAUUGUCAAUGAGGACCAGGCUACAUACUUCACCACUCCCAAAAUUGCCGCGACGGUUACUUCUCCCUUCUUCCACUCUCGCCCUGCCUAUUCUUGCAUAAUCCCCCCAGUAUCUUUGAGGAACAGAUUUUGUGCCUCCCCAGGCCUGCUAUCCCAAAUCUAAUACUUUCUUUUUCCCCCGCCCUGUUCCUGACUAGACCCAGACCCUCUGACCUCCUGGUUCUCACUUUCAUCCCCCGGGCACCAUGCCACUGGCCCGCAGCCUCUCAGUGACCUCUCUGACAGGAUUAGAGGACUGGGAUGAUGAACUUGACCUAGAGAAUGCCAUCCUUUUUGAGGUGGCUUGGGAGGUAGCCAAUAAAGUUGGUGGUAUCUAUACGGUUAUCCAGACCAAAGCCAAGAUUACGCUGGAUGAGUGGGGUGAUAAUUACUUCCUGAUCGGGCCUUACCUGGAGCUGAAUGUCCGCACACAGGUGGAGCUCAUAGAGCCACCCAAUCCUGCCAUCCGCCGCACCAUUGACUCCAUGAAUGCAAAAGGAUGCAAAGUUUAUUUUGGCCGCUGGCUGAUUGAGGGGGGACCGUAUGUUAUUCUCAUUGAUAUCGGGGCAACUGCCUGGAGCUUGGACCGCUGGAAGACAGAGUUGUGGGAAAGCUGCUCCAUCGGGAUUCCCUGGUACGACCGAGAGGCUAAUGAUGCAGUACUCUUUGGCUUCCUCACAGCCUGGUUUCUUGGGGAGUUUUCUGCACAGUGCGAAGAGAAGCCUUUCAUCAUUGGCCAUUUCCACGAAUGGUUGGCUGGGGUUGGCCUCUUCCUCUGUCGGGUCCGGAAGCUUCCAGUGGCUACCAUCUUCACCACCCAUGCCACCUUGCUUGGCCGCUACUUGUGUGCAGGCAGUGUGGACUUCUACAACAACCUGCAGAAUUUUAACUUGGACAAGGAGGCUGGAGACCGGCAGAUCUACCACCGUUACUGCAUGGAGCGUGCUGCUGUUCACUGCACACAUGUUUUCACCACUGUCUCCCAGAUCACAGCUGUGGAAGCUGAACACCUGUUAAAACGGAAGCCAGAUAUUGUGACUCCGAACGGUCUGAACGUCAAGAAGUUCUCUGCUAUGCAUGAAUUCCAGAACCUCCACGCCCAGAGCAAAGCCCGUAUCCAGGAGUUUGUCCGCGGCCACUUCUACGGGCACCUGGACUUCAACCUUGACAAGACUAUUUUCUUCUUUAUUGCUGGACGCUAUGAAUAUUCCAACAAAGGUGCUGAUAUUUUCUUGGAAGCUCUGGCCCGGCUCAACUAUCUGUUGAGGGUGAACGGCAGCCAGACCACAGUGGUGGCAUUCUUCAUCAUGCCAGCCCGGACCAACAACUUCAACGUGGAGACUCUGAAAGGCCAGGCAGUCCGCAAACAGCUGUGGGAUACAGCUAACGCGGUAAAAGAGAAGUUUGGCAAGAAACUCUACGAAUCACUCCUUGUGGGGAAUCUUCCUGAUAUGAACAAAAUGCUGGACAAAGAGGAUUUCACCAUGAUGAAGAGAGCCAUCUUUGCUACCCAGCGCCAGUCUUUUCCCCCAAUCUGCACCCACAACAUGCUGGAUGAUUCCACCGACCCCAUCCUCAACACCAUCCGGCGCAUUGGCCUCUUCAACAGCAGCGCUGACCGUGUCAAGGUCAUCUUCCACCCAGAAUUCCUGUCUUCCACUAGUCCUCUCCUUCCGGUUGAUUAUGAGGAGUUUGUUAGAGGCUGCCAUUUGGGGGUCUUCCCUUCUUAUUAUGAGCCAUGGGGUUACACACCGGCUGAAUGCACCGUCAUGGGCAUUCCUAGCAUCUCUACGAACCUCUCUGGCUUUGGCUGCUUCAUGGAGGAACACAUAGCGGAUCCAUCUGCCUAUGGGAUCUAUAUCCUCGACCGACGUUUCCGGGCCUUGGAUGAGUCGUGCACACAGUUGACCUCUUUCCUCUAUAGCUUCUGUCAGCAGACGCGGCGGCAGCGCAUCAUCCAGCGAAACCGCACGGAGCGGCUUUCUGAUCUCUUAGAUUGGAAAUAUCUGGGCAGGUAUUACAUGUAUGCCCGGCAUAUGGCACUAGCAAAGGCAUUCCCUGACAACUUCACCUAUGAGCCACAUGAACCAACAGCGGCUCAGGGCUUCCGCUACCCACGCCCAGCCUCCGUGCCCCCGUCUCCCUCCAUCUCCCGCCACUCCAGCCCCCACCACAGUGAGACAGAAGAGGAGGACGAACGAUACGAUGAGGAAGAAGAGGCGGAAAAGGACAGGCAGAACAUCAAGACCUCAGCGCUGAUGGGCCCCGUCCCUGAGUGGCGGAAGCGCUCUAAGAAGGGCUCGAGUGAAGCCAGCACCUCCUCCAAUGCCAGCACCCCCAGUGACCUCAGUAGCCCCACCAACUCUCUGAUAGAGGAGAGGAAUUAGCUAGGCGGACACAGGUUGUGCCAGUUCACCCUCCCACUCUUUCCCAUGCCUCGCCCUGCCCUCCAUAGGUCAGCUGUUCUCUGGUGCUGGAUUCUGAAAUGGUCAGAGAGUGUAGUAGGUUCUAGCAUGUUCCAGGACCGAGGAGGGUCACGGGGUUGGCAGGUCUCUAAUGUUGGUCUGUAAGGUCACCCGCUCUGGAUCAGGCUGGGCAAAAGUUAGGGGGAGGAGAUGGCGCCUAUGUUCUGCAAUGGGUAGAAAAGAAGUUGCCAUUCCAGAACAUGAGGUACAUCUUUGUGUUCAGCCUGACCUAGAAUGUCAGGCGGCAUGUCUCCCACCCCUGGGCAUGUUCUUGCGUCCCGUGUGCUUCUAACCUUUUGGAAGGAGCUAUUUCGAUGUGUGUGAAUUGAGGAGAUGUCCUUGGGACACAGGUAUGUUUUCAGCGCUCAUGACUGAGCCCGUGACUGGGUAGGGGUGUAGUCUAGAGAUAUAGCAACGUUGCCUCCAGAUGCAUCACUGACUUGGAGAUACCGCAGCAUUUUAAACGAAUGUUUAGGGACAGAGUUCUCAGUCCUUUUUAUAACGCUAGAUUGCUGGUGUGGGACACACAUGAGUGCGUGUGACUCACAAAGUUCUAGAAUGUUCUGGAAUUCUAGGAGAGCAAGUGCUUGAGGAGUCCAGAAGCAUUUUUAAAAGCCAUCAGCCUGCUCUGCUCUAGAGUGCUGUUCAUCAGGAGAGUGGCAGGCUUUUCUGCUACAAUGCAUUUUGAAUAAAUUGGUGCAUUCUUAUCUUGCUUCUGAAUUGUAUUUUUCAAGGAAUGUGUGAAGCUAUUCAAAGCAAAGUCCCUAGAAUGUGAGAGGCAGGGAUUUGGGAUCUGUUGAAACAUGAAGUUACAGAGAUCCUAAAAUCUGGUACAGUCUGCUUGUUGCAGAACAUGUCCGGCUGAGAAUGUUCCUGCCAGCAAUGCUUGGCCUGGAAUCUGCUGCAAUGUUGCUGCUGUUUAAAACUAAUGGCUGACCCUCUUCAUGACUGUGGAAAGGUCUACAUAGGCUGCAUAAACAGAAUUUAGGAUUUAGACAGAAAGUGACACAAGUGGUCAAAGGAGAUUAAAUAUGUGUAUGUAUAUGGCAUUCUAGGAUGAAAGCAAACUAGAGUCCCUCUUGUAGUAUAAAUCACUGUUAUGUGGCUCUACUCUGGAAUGGAGCAGAACUAACCAGAAGUUUCUUUCUGUGUAGGGGCUAACAGGGAUGGCUUUUCUGCAGCCAUAUUCACAAGCUAGAAACUGUGUUUCUUCUAGUGGGCACACAAGAACAUCCUGGAAUAAUUCUCAGUGCAAUAUUAUUCAUUCUGUGUAUUUUUUAAAGUGCCAUGUUGAAUUUAAUGGGGGAGAAGCACAGUGAGUGCUUAAAUGUGAGUGGAACAAGCUAUGCAAUAGUAGUCUUAAAUUUGUCUUGCUUGAGGAAUGCAAGUCUUACAGGCAUCAUCCAUUCUUUAGACUAGAAUGUAGAGGACUUGUUGAAGGGUAAGCAGUUGUGAGUGGCGAUUGUUUCUAGAGAAUGCUGUAGAAGGUUGUGCACUAUGAAAUGUACAAGUUCUUGUGAUACAAGUUCUUUCAACAGCCUUGAUAGCUCUUCCAUAUGAAUCUCUGAAAAAGAAAAGCAAGCUUCUAGUGUUUUAAGAUGCACAUCAGUUUUAGCUGCUAUGCUGUCUAAAAUAUGUGGAGAGAAGGCCCUCCAGGGACAUAACUGUGGGUGUCUUGGAACACUAGGCAUAGUAGUUAAAAAUCAAAGCAUGCCGUAACAUUCUGGACUGCUGUGGUGCCAAUGGAACAUGAAGAUGUGAGCCUGUGAUGAUAUAGGAUAGAAUGACCAAAGUAGGUUCCAGACUUGUGCAGAGAAGUAGAAGGAAUGUUUCUGAAGGGUGCAUAACCCUUUAACAGUAGUUGUGGAUAUUCUGUCCAGCACAAGAGAGACUACCUUGAGGGCAAAGCAAAUACCAACACAGAGUCCCUUCCAUUCUGCACCUGCUGCCAACCUUGGCAUCCACAAGCAAGGAAAAUCACUUUUUUAAAAAACACUUUUCCUGUGGCCUCAAUUAUUGCAUCCCCUCUAAUCAUGCCUCCUGUUCCUAAUGACUGGCUAACUUUCUACGCUUGGAUGAUGAGCCAAAUUUCCUCUCCCUUCUCACCAAGCUGUUUUCUUCAUUCAAAAAGUUGAAGAUUUCAUGAGCCAACACCCCCUUUCUCCAAUCUCUCUCCCCCUCCCCCCCAACCAAGAAACACCUUAAUAGAUUUUAUUUAUGGUUGUUGAAAAAUGCUUGAGGUUUUUGUUUGGUGUCUUUUAUGUCUCCCCCCUCCCCCCGGUGUGGAAAAUCAACAUUGAAGAACAAAAGCUGCUUGCAAGACAACUGAAAAAUAUUUAAAUAAUAAAUUUUGCUUUGAAAAAGUG